AUGUAUGGAAGUGCUCGGUCAGUUGGUAAGGUUGAGCCAAGCAACCAGAGUCCAGGGCGUUCACCAAGGCUGCCACGGUCACCACGUUUGGGCCAUCGUCGAACCAACAGCACAGGAGGCAGUUCUGGGGGUGGUACUGGGGGUGGGAGUGGGAAAACUCUUUCUAUGGAAAACAUUCAGUCCUUAAAUGCUGCCUAUGCUACGUCUGGCCCUAUGUAUCUUAGUGACCAUGAGAACGUGGGUGCAGACACCCCAAAAAGCACCAUGACUUUGGGCCGGUCUGGGGGGCGGCUGCCUUACGGUGUUAGGAUGACUGCAAUGGGUAGCAGCCCUAACAUUGCCAGUAGUGGAGUUGCCAGUGAUACUAUUGCAUUUGGAGAGCACCAUCUCCCUCCUGUGAGUAUGGCAUCCACUGUGCCUCACUCACUGCGCCAGGCCAGAGAUAACACAAUCAUGGAUCUGCAGACACAACUCAAAGAAGUCUUAAGGGAAAACGAUUUACUUCGCAAGGAUGUGGAGGUGAAAGAAAGCAAGCUGAGUUCUUCUAUGAACAGUAUCAAGACCUUCUGGAGUCCUGAGCUAAAAAAGGAGAGAGCUUUGAGGAAAGAUGAAGCUUCAAAAAUCACCAUUUGGAAGGAACAAUACAGAGUUUUGCAAGAAGAAAACCAGCAUAUGCAGAUGACUAUCCAGGCUCUCCAAGAUGAGCUUCGGAUCCAGCGGGACCUGAACCAGCUGUUCCAGCAGGACAGCAGCACUAGAACCAGUGAGCCCUUGGUGGCAGAGCUAACAGAAGAAAACUUCCAACGACUUCAUGCAGAGCAUGAACGCCAGGCCAAGGAACUCUUCCUGCUACGUAAAACCCUAGAAGAGAUGGAACUGCGUAUUGAGACACAGAAACAAACCUUAAAUGCACGUGAUGAGUCCAUCAAAAAGCUGUUGGAGAUGCUGCAGAGUAAAGGUCUGUCAGCAAAAGCCACUGAGGAAGAUCAUGAGCGAACAAGACGGUUGGCUGAGGCAGAGAUGCAUGUGCACCACUUGGAGAGCCUUCUUGAACAGAAGGAAAAAGAAAACAACAUGCUGAGAGAGGAGAUCCAUCGUCGAUUUGAAAAUGCUCCUGAUACAGCCAAGACAAAGGCUCUGCAAACUGUUAUUGAGAUGAAGGAUUCAAAAAUUUCUUCCAUGGAGCGUGGCCUCCGGGAUUUGGAAGAGGAGAUUCAGAUGUUGAAGUCAAACGGAGCUCUGAGCACAGAGGAACGUGAAGAGGAAAUGAAGCAAAUGGAGGUGUACCGUAGUCAUUCCAAAUUCAUGAAAAAUAAGGUAGAGCAACUGAAGGAGGAGCUAAGUGCCAAAGAGGCCCAAGGGGAGGACCUGAAAAAAAGAGUGGCUGGUCUCCAGGCCGAGAUUGGUCAGGUAAAACAGGAGCUGUCACGCAAAGACACUGAGUUGCUGGCCUUGCAGACAAAGCUGGAGACCCUCACAAAUCAGUUCUCUGACAGCAAGCAGCAUAUUGAAGUUCUAAAAGAGUCUCUUACAGCUAAAGAGCAAAGGGCUGCGAUCCUGCAGACAGAGGUGGAUGCAUUACGAUUACGCCUGGAAGAGAAGGAGACUAUGCUAAAUAAGAAGACAAAGCAGAUUCAGGAGAUGGCAGAGGAGAAGGGGACUCAAGCAGGAGAGAUUCAUGACCUCAAGGACAUGUUAGAGGUGAAGGAACGCAAAGUUAACGUUCUGCAGAAGAAGAUUGAAAAUCUCCAAGAACAGUUAAGAGACAAGGAGAAGCAAAUGAGCAGCUUAAAGGAUCGAGUGAAAUCCUUGCAGGCUGACACCACCAACACUGACACUGCCUUGACCACGCUGGAAGAAGCACUGGCAGAAAAAGAAAGGACCAUUGAGCGCCUAAAGGAGCAACGUGACAGAGAUGAACGAGAAAAACAGGAAGAGAUUGACAAUUACAAAAAGGACAUUAAGGACCUGAAAGAGAAAGUCAGCAUUUUACAAGGAGAUCUCACAGAGAAAGAGACAUCCCUCCUGGAUCUGAAGGAACACGCUUCAUCCUUAGCAUCAUCAGGACUGAAGAAAGAUUCAAGACUCAAGACACUAGAAAUUGCAUUGGAACAGAAAAAGGAAGAAUGUUUGAAGAUGGAAAAUCAAUUGAAGAAGGCUCAUGAGGCAACACUGGAGGCAAGGUCCAGCCAAGAGCUGAGCGAUCGUAUGCAGCAGCUGGAAAGGGAGGUAACGCGGUAUCGGGAAGAAUCUAGCAAGGCUCAAGCUGAAGUGGAUCGUCUUCUGGAAAUCUUGAAAGAGAUGGAAAAUGAGAAGAAUGAUAAGGAUAAGAAGAUAGCCGAACUGGAGAGGCAAGUUAAAGAUCAAAACAAGAAAGUAGCAAAUCUGAAGCAUAAAGAGCAAGUGGAGAAAAAGAAGAGUGCACAGAUGCUGGAAGAGGCCAGGAGACGAGAAGAUAAUCUCAAUGACAGCUCCCAACAACUUCAGGACAAUCUACGUAAAAAGGAUGAUCGGAUUGAAGAAUUGGAAGAGGCACUCAGAGAAAGUGUUCAGAUAACUGCAGAGCGGGAAAUGGUGCUAGCACAAGAGGAGUCAGCCAGGAUCGAUGCUGAGAAACAGGUAGAAGAGCUGAUGAUGGCCAUGGAGAAGGUUAAGCAGGAGCUAGAGUCAAUGAAAGCAAAGUUGUCCUCUACACAACAGUCCUUGGCUGAGAAGGAAACCCAUUUGACCAACCUACGAGCUGAAAGAAGGAAACAUUUGGAGGAAGUCCUGGAGAUGAAACAAGAAGCCCUUCUUGCUGCCAUUAGUGAAAAAGAUGCCAAUAUUGCUCUGCUAGAACUUUCAUCCUCUAAGAAGAAGACCCAAGAUGAAGUGGCUGCACUGAAACGAGAGAAGGACCGUCUUGUGCAACAGCUCAAGCAGCAGACUCAGAAUCGUAUGAAGCUGAUGGCUGACAACUAUGAGGAUGACCACCUCAAAUCCUCAUCCCAUUCCAACCAAACCAACCACAAGCCCUCCCCUGACCAGAUAAUUCAGCCCCUCUUAGAACUCGAUCAGAAUCGGAGCAAGUUGAAGUUGUACAUUGGACAUCUGACAGCCCUGUGCCAUGACCGUGACCCCCUGAUUCUGCGUGGACUCACCCCACCUGCUUCCUACCACUUGGAUGAUGACCGGGCAGCUUGGGAGAAAGAGCUGCAGAAGAUGACCCAGGAGCAGCUCCAUGUGGAGUUAGAAAAGGGCGAGAAGGAGAGCGCGGAGCUGCAGGAGUUCGCCAAUGCCAUCUUACAGCAGAUAGCAGAUCACUGCCCUGACAUCCUGGAGCAAGUCGUCAAUGCGCUUGAGGAGUCAUCAUGA